AUGAUUGCCAGAAAACUCAAUGAUACAUAGGAAAAUGAAAAAGCCAAACAUUUGUUUGUCAACUGUCUGUGUCAGGAUGCAGAAAGGUCUGAAAAUUUCAAAGAAAGUAUUUUUUUGCUACACACAUGAAAACUCUUAUUAAACAUGUUAGUGUACAAACACAGUGAACAUAGCCAAAUAUGCACCACAGACAGUCGAGACAUGAAUUGAGAUGAAAUAACUUUCCUCCAUAGAAGAAAUUAAAUGAAACAGGUUUUAUUUUAAAUCUUCCACCUUGUAGUCGUGUGGGUCUGAAAGAACCUUGUAGGGUUGAGGAUCAUAAAAUAUGCACCACUUAAGAACUUGAACUGGAUCCAAUUAGACAAGUUUCUGCUGUCACAGGUGACAGCACCUGUUUUACAAAACUCUCAGGCCUCCACCCAAAGCCAACGGCACAGAGUCAAUAAAGAACAAUGAACUAGCAACACCUCAGUGUGCCUUUUACCAAGGGUUAUUGUUAAACAAUCCAUUUUCAGUAUUCUCUACGUCUCUAUGGCAAUUUACGAAGACGACAGCCAGGAAGACGCACACGAGUGCCCUGUGUGCUAUGAGUGUCUGUCGGGCAGUGAGAGGACUUUAAGCUGCGGACAUGUAUUUUGUCACGACUGCUUGGUGAAAACGCUGGUCAGCAUUAACAGCGAUGGAGUCAUCGGGGACACAAUUGCUUGUCCCAUCUGCCGACAUCUGACAUUCAUCAAGAAGCAAAGGGAAGUGCUGGUAUCACUGGCGGCGACCAAGGAUCCAAAUGAAGAGCAGACCCUACAGGUGCCUCUUCCUCCGACGCCGCCGCAGCUCCGGAGCGCACCGCGCGCCACUGGGGACAGUUUUUUGAGCGGAGUUAACCGGAUAGUCCACUGCUGCAGGAACAUCUUUGGACGAAUCCGUCAGGAGAGGUUAAUCGGCCACGAUCAUAAUGCGUGUCAGAUCUUCAUCAUAAGUGCCCAGGGGCGACCGAUGGCUGAGGAUGAUACGCUCGAUGUUGUGAUGACCGUGGUUCACCCUGAGCGCAGGGGAAGACGUAGGGGUUGCAACACGGCGCGAUGCUUGCUCUGUUUGUUGUCGGCCUUUACUUUACUGGCACUGGUGGCUGCGACUUUACCAUGGAUUUUAUUGGCAUAGCGCAGCUGAGGACGCAUUUAGAUCGGAGGUCUAAGUGGAAACGAUCAAAGGAAAACUUAAAGACAAUAUUUAUAGAAAAUGAACGUUGUUAUGCAUGUGAGUUUGAUCAGCAUAAAAUAUUACCAUGAACUGUAUUUUAAAGUAUUCAGUUGGAGUCAUGUUUGGCUAUGGUUUUAUACAGCCAUAUUCUGUAAUUUAUCUCCUUGGUUGAAAUUACCAAUAAAACAUAAAAAAUAAAAAAAAACGUUUACUGACUCACAAGGUACCAAGCAACAGUCUAAAUUAAAAUUUUGCCUUGACGACAA